UAGUCGAGAAAUUGUUAUUUUAAAGUAAGAGUCGUGUGUAUGUUUAGUGCCUGCUCUUACAGAGAAACGCUAUCGUUGUCCUUCCUUUUUUUUUAACAUGUGCUGUGGGUGAACGCAACGGACUGACAGUCUAGACUGUGAAUAUAGUUAUGUCGUGUCGUCUAACGUGUACAUUCAUUUAAAUACCUCAUAUAAGCACCGAGCCUAAUGCUCAUUUUAUUUGCUGCUGUUGCCAUAAUGUAAUUGUGUCGCUUCCCUGUGCUGUUGAGAGCUCAAAAUGGCUGACGGACGACGAGCUACUUGGUUUGGUAUUUAGCGCUGCUCAACCGAACUAUACACAGCAACAGGACGUAAAAAAAGAGAAAAAGACUUUUACGGAAAUAUAAUUGGACGAAGAGAAACGUGACAACGGUACUGGCUCCCGAUUGGCCCAAUGGGAAGAGAGACAAGGCGUGUCUUGACAGGAAAUUCACGAAUGCCAAAACAUUGCGUACACCUGUACAGCCGGACGAGCGCAAAUUGUUAUAUUAUAGUCUUUAAGAAUGAAUUAUUGUUGUCAUUAUUUUAACUAACCGAAUGUCAUUGUUACAGGCUAGCAAAAAGUUAUGAACUUAUUUUGCAACACAAAAGGCAAACUACAAGAAACUGAUAGUGCCACUCUAUUGCUAUAAUUAUAAUAACCAUGUUGUUAAAUAGCUCCUCAGUAUAUUUGUAUCCGUAUGUUUGACCAGAUCCACGUACCUGGAGGAGACAUUGAGUAUAUUUAGUCAGCAGUUAGUUCUAAUCGCAGUUUACAUGACAUUACUUCAUACUGCUGUUGAAUCUUUGUUGUACAUAUGUCCAAUACUGUGUCAAUAUUUACAGUUGGUACUAAAGGGUAUGUAUUAUAAAGUGUUGGGCACGUUACUUUAAAAAAGUAAUUAGUUAUAGUUACUCACUACUUCUUCCAAAAAGUAACUGAGUUAGUAACUGAAUUACUCUAUAGUAAAAGUAACUAGUUACCAGGGAAAGUAACUAUUUCCGUUACUUUAAAAAGUUGUUGUAUGUCAAAGAAUUUGAAAUUUUCUGAGCAGUAUUCGAGUUCGUUAAAUAGAGAAAAACGGACAAGUAGUUAUGUUAUACAACCUUGUAAUAUUUAUUGCACCUCACCAGCAACAGAUUUAUCCUACACUUAAUGUGCAACAAAAAUAAACAGGUUUGAAUUGCUUACCACAGAUGUUGACAAAAGCUUUGCCCCGGGACAUAAAUUACACUUUACAUGCAUGUUCUUUCCUUUAAUUUCGACCAACUUGAAAUAGUGUUUAUAUCUCCACCUCGUAAAGGACAAAUUUUCCUCUGAAUGCUCUGCCAUCAUAUCCCUCUGCAUCUGUUUUGCGUGUGUGUGUUUGCCGCACGCGCUGUUCCGGUUUGUGUGUGAAAACGGCUCUGAAGUUUGGUUUACAAAAAAAAAAAAAAACUUUAUUAACAACAAAUACACAUAUACAAACAUAGGGCGAGACAAUUCACAUACAUAUAAACAACCGGCUCUGAAGUACGUGCGCCUUUAUGCUCUUAUGCAAAUGCUCGAGCGUUUACAUCACAAAAUGGGGGAUAAUGUGAGAUUUGACAACAACGCAGCCAUAAUGGAAGCAGGUCUGGCUCGCAGGACAUUAAACUUUAACUUGCUAGGUCGAUAAAGAGACAAACUCGGAAGAACAGAUAUGUGAUCAAACUUAAGGAUGUGAACAAUGUUGACCCUUACGAGCAAGCCGAAGACAAAUGGAGUGAAUUUGUCAACAGACUUCCACAUUUACGCAAAAUGGACAUUCUGCUGUUUUGUGUAUGUAACUAAACUCAUCAAUGAUUCCGAAAUUACAAAUCGCUACAAAGCUACGAACAGUUUUGCUGCGGAUGGGUGCAGGACCUGCACAUUAUGACCCUAUCAAACGGCAACUCCAUCGUUCUUGCAAAGGUAGGCUAUGUGUGUUGACUAUUUUCAUUGCCAUGAACUUGAACGCACCUCAAGUCUUGGAUGGCAAAUAAACAGAGCAGACUCGCUACGGCUGGUAGUUUCUUCAAUUUAUUCAAAGUAAGUAACGCACCGCUUUUGACCAUCAGUAACGGUAACGGCGGAAAAAAUAAUGUUAGAUUACCCCGUUACUGAAAAAAUAACGCCGUUAUGUAAGGGCGUUAUUUGUAACGGCGUUAUUUCCAACACUGGUAUUAUAUGGGUUUUGCACUUUGCCAACUUAGCUGUAUGGAUGCUCCAAACAAAGUUUCGUUGUGCUUUUUGUAAUAAUGACAAUAAAUAUUCUGAAUCUGAGUUUAAACAAACAUUACAUUGUAAAACCUCUUUGAAAAUUAUUUUGACACUUUUUCCCCCCUACAUCUUAACUCAAUAAUAUUUGUACACAAGAUAUUAAAAAGUAAAUUCUCAUAUUUGUUCACUUUAAAAGAACAGAUAACUCCUUGUAUAAAUGGCUAUGAUUUGAAAGACUCUUGACUAAAGUAUUCAUGCUAUUUGUGAAUUUCUAAAAGGGAACCUCAGAUUAAAGACUUGUAGGCUCUAGUAAGCCACAAUUGUUCUAUUUUACUAAAAUAUGUUAUCAGAAACACAUAAAAUAUUGCCAUUGAUUUAAAAAUCUAUAUUCAGUACAUGUUUUGACCUACGGAGGCCGCCAUGUUUUUAUACCUGCAAUGGACACUCGGGGUGACGACGUAGAUUGUAACUGCCACUCAACGAAUACUACCGGGUUACUGCAAUUCCUUCUACGCAGCGAGAUGUCCAACACAUUUGCUCAUCUGUUAAAAGCAGCGAGUACUUACUAUUUGUGUUUUUAUUGAGUCUUUUAUUACUUUUUCAUUGCCUCAAAACACUUUUUGCAUGUGUAUCCUUCUCAUACUUUAAGGCAUUGUGUUUUCUUGUGGUAGCUUUAAAGCGGAUUGUUGAUCUGUUGACCACAUUAGUCACGUAGUAUAUUUAAACAACCCUUAUUUGAUAUUACUACGUUUAAGUAUUUUCCUAAGGCAUCUUAAAGUGCAUGUGACAUGAAAAAGCUUGUUUAUUUCAUAAUUCACGCGGUAUUUUAUGCUCCUGAAUGAUAUGGACUGCUUGAAUGUGUGUGGAAGCGAUCGCUAUAUUUAUUUAGUUUUUUAAUCCCGCGCCAUGAAAAUGAGUGACUUCCGGCUUCGGUCUUGCAUUGAGGAGGAGGGCACUGUGACAUCUACGGGUGAAGGCGUCCUCUUCGCUAUACAGCCGUACUGUUGUGUAUGAGGACAAAGGAUUCAGCUGAUUUUGCGGAUUAAUAUGUUUAUUUUUUGCGUCACGCCAGCCAAACGGCUACAGAAAAAUCUAAAUGUAUGAGGGAGAGGCGUGUGCGCCUCUUUGGAGUUUCAAAAGGUUCCGAUUCACCGUGGAUAUUGGCCAAAACAAGCCCUACUACUGUGGGACCAUUGGACUUAAGAGGAAAGAGCUGUUGUAAGCCCCCCAUGCAGAAGGCAAGAAGGCUGGAAUGUAAGACAGCUGUAAGAGGACUCAACAUGGGUCGCGGCCGAGGCAGAGGGCGAGGCAGGGGCAGAGGCUCGGCGGGCCACUUGCGCUCACCCUCGCCCUACAGACUGCAGCUCUCUCCUUCUAGAGAGACGCUGACAUACGCCCAGGCGCAGAAGAUCGUUGAGGUGGACUUGGACGGCAGGCUGCAUCGAAUCAACAUCACAGACCCUUUGCCAGUGAUCACUGAGGACGAAAUGAUGGCCCAGGAUAUCGCAGAGUGUAACAGCAACAAGGAGAACAGUUUGCAGACUCAAAAGAAGAAGCCCAGCCCCAACAGUAAAGGGAGAAGGAAUUGCAAAAAUGAUUCGCAGCAGAACAAACGAUCCAGCUCCCAGCAGCAAACGGCAUCUACCAAUUCGCUGCAGCUUCAGAGUCCACUACCUGAGCCUACCUUCCGCACGCUGGGAUCCGUUUGUACCCCGGAUGCCACUCCCCUGCCGGCCGCGUACUACCGCUUCAUUGAGAAGUCCAACGAAGAGCUGGACAGAGUGGCUGAGUACGACAUGGACGAGGAAGACCUAGCCUGGCUGGAGAUGGUAAACCAGAAGCGAGUGUCCGACGGUCACGCGUCGGUGUCCGCAGACACCUUUGAGCUGCUGAUAGACCGCCUGGAGAGGGAGUCCAUCUUGGAGUCCCGCAGCCAGGCACUGUCCCAGUGCGCCGUGGAUGAGGACGCCUUCUGCUGCGUGUGCCUGGACGACGAAUGUCUGAAUAGCAACGUCAUCCUUUUUUGUGACAUCUGCAACCUGGCAGUGCAUCAGGAGUGCUACGGCGUGCCGUACGUACCUGAGGGCCAGUGGUUGUGCCGCUGCUGUCUGCAGUCGCCUUCCCGCCCUGUAGAUUGUGUACUGUGUCCCAACCGAGGAGGUGCCUUCAAGCAGACCUGCGACGGGCGUUGGGCUCACGUGGUGUGCGCCAUAUGGAUCCCGGAGGUAUGCUUUGCCAACACAGUGUUCCUGGAGCCUGUAGAGGGGGUAAAAAACAUCCCUCCUGCCCGCUGGAAGCUCACUUGUUACCUGUGCAAGCAGAAGGGUCGGGGGGCGUCUAUCCAGUGCCACAAAGCCAAUUGCUACCGCGCCUUUCACGUCACCUGUGCCCAGAAAGCCGGACUCUACAUGAAGAUUGACCCCGUCCGGGAAACUGGCGUGAAUGGGACCACCUUUUCUGUUAAGAAGACUGCCUUCUGUGAGCACCAUUCCCCGGUGGGGUCACGGCAAGACGGGUCAGGGGACGAGUCGGUGGAAGGGAGACUGGUGGGGGGAAGGGGAAACCGAGGACAGAGGUCCUACACUCAGAGUUCACCCACGCCCCCGGCAAAGAAGUCAUCCAAGGGACAAAAAAAGAAGGGUAAAGGACCUGGCGGGUCUACACGUCGCUCAAACGUGCCUGUGCUGCUUGUGCCUCAAAUUCCUUCUCACAGGCUGAACAAGAUUUGCACAGGAGUAGAAGUUCAGCGGAAGAAUCAGUUCAUGCAGAGGCUUCAUAAUUACUGGCUACUGAAGCGACAGUCUCGGAACGGAAUGCCUUUAAUACGUCGACUUCACUCCCACAUGCAGGCCCAUCGGACUGCUGAACAGAAGGAGCCCGAUGAGAAGCUGUGCGCUGCUCGAGAGGAGCUGCGUUAUUGGCAAAAGUUGCGGCAAGACCUGGAAAGAGCGAGACUCCUGGUGGAACUCAUUCGUAAGAGAGAACGGCUAAAGAGGGAACAGGUGAAAAUUCAGCAGGCUGCCACAGAGCUGAAGUUGACGCCGGCACUGGUGCUCCUCCGGACCACCUUGGAGCAGCUGCAGGAGAAGGACACGGCCAAAAUCUUCUCCCAGCCAGUCAAUCUUGCAGAGGUUAGAACACGUGGGGGAAAAAGACUGUUUUGUUUUAAAACUUGGCUUCACAUUGUCAUUCAAAUUCUUCACGAGGUCCCAGACUACCUAGAGUUCGUAUCCCGACCCAUGGACCUGUCCACCAUGCGGGUCAAGUUGGAGAGACACGCCUACUGCUCCGUGGCAGACCUGGAGGAGGAUUUUGAGCUCAUGAUCUCCAACUGCCUAAAGUACAACUCCAAGGACACUAUGUUCCACAAAACAGCUUUGCAGCUGCGCGAGGUAGGCGGGGCUGUCUUACGCCACGCCCACAGGCAGUCGCAGAGCAUUGGCCUGGACCCCAGCACGGGCAUGCACCUGCCCGAGUCUCCCAACAAGCAUGGCUUCCAGCAGUGCACCUGGGAUGACGUUGACUCCCUCUUGGAUCCUGACAACAGGCUUCACCUGAGCACGGAAGAGCAGCUCAAAGCCUUGCUUGACAAACUGGACGUAGUGACGUCCAUGCGGACAAGCGGCGGACGAACCAAACGCAUUCGGCUACUGCGUCGAGAAAUCAACACUCUUCGGCAGAAGGUGAACCAGCAGCAGCAAACUGCCCAGAUGCUUAACGCCAAGAAUGAUGAUGAUGAGGAAGACGAGGAGGAGAGAAAGGAACCGAAGAGGGCCAAAAAGAAGAUUAUGGAUCAUGGAGAUGACUCCCCUCCUGUGUUAGAACUUACGUGUCCAGCGUCAUCACCGCUACCAGGCGACGCGCCGCUGGAACCGCCUAUUUUGGGCAUCAUAACUGGAGGCCGACGGUCACCCGGGCGUUCCUACAAGCGUCAGAGAUCGUCCCGGAGCGUCAUCAAAAAUCACGGUGAGGACGAGGCCGAAGUGGGCGAGACGCCAUCUUCCCGACCGGAAGUCGUACACGAAGGCACGCCCCUGGGAACGCCACCCCCUCUGCCUGUCGUGGGUGUAGGCAGGCGUACAUCCGUGCUGUUCAAGAAGGCCAAAAAUGGCACAAGAGCAGGCAAAAAGAAAUCUCCAUCGCAGCACAAUGGAAAAGCGACAGAGGAUCCGACCGACAGAUUGGCCGGAGCCCCCGCUAGCCCGCAUUCGCCUCAUGUUAACAUCACCCCUUUACAGACUGGUCCUCCCUCGCCUUCAUCACACCACCUGAGGUCUCAAGGCCACAGCUCAGACAGCGAGGCGGAAAAACACUUUGGAGAGGGAGACCUACCAAAUGGAAAACACGCCUCAGACGAACAAGAUGAUGACCAAAAACUCAACGAGGCAAACCCUCCGAAACGCAGUCGAGGGAAACCCGCUCUCGCCAAGGAACCCAUCAGCGACAAUGGAGAUAUCUCAGAAUCAGGCAAACCUACACUUCUUUGUCGAGACAGCGAGACAGAGUUGGCCCCUCUUGAUCUGGUGUGGGCCAAAUGCAGAGGCUACCCAUCAUACCCAGCCAUGAUCGUUGACCCAGACAUGCCCCAGGAAGGACUCCUCCACAACGGCAUCCCCAUCCCAGUGCCUCCCGUGGAGGUGCUCAAGCUGGGCGAGUGGAGGGGAGCGGAGGUGGGACAAAAGCUCUUCCUGGUGCUUUUCUUUGACACUAAAAGAACUUGGCAGUGGCUCCCUCGGGAUAAACUUCUGCCUAUGGGAAUGGACGACACCGUGGACAAACUGCGCCUGAUGGAAGGCAAGAAGCCGAGCGUUCGCAAGUCUGUGCACACGGCGUAUGACCGUGCCAUGAUGCACAUGAACCGCAUCCGAGACAACCUCAAUUUCACGCCCACCUCCAACUUUUUAUGACUUUUUGUCAAAAUGUAACAAGAACGUCUCCGGGUGCUCUUAUGUGUAGUGGAAGACGAGCGGUAAUGACUAUGACACAACCCCUUGUCUCUUUGAGUUCAUAAAUGAUUUUUAUUUUGCCGUUUUGGCCAAAGUUGUAAAUAGUGAACAUUCAAAAGGGAAAAGUUAUUUAGAUUGUAUUUUGUGAAAGUCUCAAUUGACAUUCGCGUCAUGGCUGGACGGUUUUAACUGAAAUUUACUAUUACAGUGGAAUCUCCUAAAAUAGUUAGCAUGGUUGACUUCUAAUUUAACUCUUUAUAGGGCACUCAUUUAAGUCAUUGGCUGCUAUCGACAGCGCUUGACGAAAUGAAAACGGGUCAAAAUGAAACGCACAUAGAACAUACUAAAUCAAACAACUGCGAUUUCAUAAUCUUACUAUUCUACUGGUAAGAUUAAUAUCUUAAAUGUAAAUACUAGUAUACGUUCUUAAUUAUAAUUCAAUAGCUUCCAGCUCCUCUGUUAAAAUGGAUUGGACCUCUAUUACAGUCAAUGGAAAGCAACGAAUUAUGAGAGUUCAGAAGAGAUCAAAAUUAAAUAUACAAGUACAACUAGAGCAAAAUGAGCCUGGGCCACACUUGAUUUUAAAUAUUUUUUGUUCCCAAUUUAUUAAAAAAAAAAAAAAAAGUUUGGGGUGGGGGGGAUGAAGUUUGAAUUUUUUUCAAAUUUAUUUUAUUUUGAAUUAUUUCCAUUUUUUAUUACUCUUUUUUUUUUACCCAAAAUGGAUUCUUCAAUUAAUUUUAUUUGGAAUGAUUUUUUUUUUUUUUUUCCACAAAAUAUAUGUGGGCAACAUGAAUAUUACAAUUGGAUGUCAAAUGUGGUCCACAAAAUAUUGUCCUGUGGAACACAGUUAUCUCCUUGGCUGCAUGUUUAAGACCCCUGAUCUGUAAAAAAUGUAUCAAAAACAUUUUUUCAAUUAAAAAAAAAAUGGUAAUACAUGUGUCAAAUAGUUUAAUAAGUCGCUCCUAAGUAUAAGUUGCAAGCCCAACAAAACCACCCAAAAAGUGACUUAUAGUCCGAAAAAUACCAUCUUGUGUAGUUGACAAAAGUCACAGUUACGAGGCGCUCACUCUAAAAUGGUCAUGAUCGCACAAAAUGCCCAUCCACAAAUUUUAGAAGUUCUGCUGUACAGUACGUUGAAUUCCAGCCAUGAUGCGAUAUCCAAUACAUGGGACUUGUAGUGUGUACUUAAGUUUUUCCAUAUUGUGAAAGUGUACAUGGAGUACUUGCUAAGUGCAUACAAAGACUACUGCUGUCGAGCGACAUUUUAAUCGACUUGAAUAGCACAAACUGGCUCCAGUGUGUGUGUGUCUGUGUGAGAAAGAGUGCGUGUGGAACAUACAGUACGAUUAUUCAACUGUAUAGUUUUUUUUUUGUACAUAUGUAAAUGUUUGUUUAUACCGGCUAACAGGAAGUAAUUUAAAAGGAAUGCAAUUUUAGACGUUUAAUUUAUAAAAACAAAAAAAAACAAGGAAGCCGAGAGUGUUAUUUUAAAGCAGAGAGAUUCAAAUAUGUGAAAACUUUUUGGGUGUACGGCGCUUCGUAGCUCUUUGUAAUGGUGACAACACGUCAGGAAAUUUUCUUUAAAAAAAUAAAACAAAAAAAGUCACGCAGCAUAACACCUGAGCCUUCCCGAGGUUCUCCUUUCUCUCUCGGAAAUUUUCUCACACAACAAUAAAAGCUGUUUGAAUCAACCCAGCAAGAUUCUUGGUUUUUACUCCCAUCAAAAAAACGGCAUCGUGUUUUAAUAUUAACAAUUUAUGCCUAUCAACCUAGGCAUAAAAAGAGGGUAAGUAAUCUCAUUUAUUAUUCGAAAUGCCUGUCAUUUUUAGCUUAGAAUCAUUAAUUGAUGUCUAAUAUUUAGUUUUUUUAAAAAAACUACUUAAAAAAAUUAUUCACUCGCAUGUUUUGAACAUUUAAGAAAAUUACGUCACAAUGAAAAAAUUAGCGUCUGUAAAAAGUUUCGGCUAUCUACCUCAUAACUAUCGCUUAAUUGUAUUUUUUUAGUUACUUUCGCUUUUCCUCCAAUACUUUAGAUGAUAAAUAAUCGAUCCAAACGAAGAAAAAUUUGGGGGAAAAAAAGUUUAAAAGGGUAAAUAUAUCAAAAUGAAAAUCUCGGACACUCCUUGAUGUCUGCGAUUUCUGCAGAACAGCCAGAAAUCUUGCUUGUUUGUAGGUGACCAAAUACUUAUUUUCCACUCUAAUUUGGAAAUAAAUUCUUUAAAAAUCAAACAAUGUGAUUUUCUGUUUUUUUUUUUCCACAUUCUGUCCCUCAUGGUUGAGGUUUACCCAUGUUGACAAUUACAGGCCUCUCUAAUCUUUUCAAGUAGGAGAACUUGCACAAUUGUUAGUUGACUAAAUACUUAUUUGCC